UUUUAAAAACUGUAACCAUGUCUUCCUUGAAACAUCCUAUAAUUGCUGAAUAUUUUUAAUAAUUUAUUCUUGCUCUUUGAUCACAUCAUUACUAAAAACAUUCAAUCAUUUUAAGAGUCACAUAGUAUAUCUUUUACAUGGUUGUUCAUACUUAGAAUAUUUUUAGAAAUUUCGGCCACUAGGGGGCAACGCAUCGUGACAGAAGACACUUGCUUAGGUACAACCAUUCACUUGCUACAAAGAAUGGAAAUGAGAAAAAUCCCUUCUUUUGUUAUUUAAAGAGUGAAUUAUGUCAUUUAUGUGACAUUAUUUUAAUCUAAUUUGGAGGUCAUUUUUUUUUUGUCCAAAAAACAAAUGGUGAUUUUCAAUGGCGCAAGAUGUAUUUAGCGAAAUGGCUGUGGAACCAUGGUUGUUGUAUGAGGACGGGUAUUUAAAUAUAAACACAAACAUAAAGGAAAUCGUUUAUCAUCCAUCGCUGAAUGUAAUAUUAAUUUCAUCAGUGUCUGGGAUAGUUCAUGUGCUUGAUGUCAACUCUGGUGUGAUCUUGUUAACUAGCAGUCUUGCAGCAAAUAAUGUUGAUGCCAUUAAGUGUCGGUAUAUACCUGGACAAGAUAGAAUACUCUUCACUGAUGGAGAAACAAUAGGUGUUCGGUCAGACUAUAAUGGAGUACUCUUACUUGAUAGUAUCUUACAAAAAACUGUGACUCACCCAAAAGACAGUAUUAAGUUGGAAUUGCCGUUGACAGAGGCCAUAAUAUUAAAACACAGUUUAUCAGGACUCGGAGAAGCUGUGGAGGAUAUAGUACAUGAAUUAACAGAUGUAAUAGCUUUAGCCCAACAGCACUGUAAAAAAGCAAUUAAAGCCCAAAAAUGGAACACAGUAUGCAUCCAACUGCCGAUAGACGCCUUUCAGUUCGCUACGUCGAGUGCCGUGAACGAGCUCAUCACCAAAAACCUGCAUACGCCCGAAUUGGGCGUGGCCUCGGCCGUUCACGAGAGAUUAUCGGAAUUACUUGGCGAUAUGGCGCAGCUCACGGACAAGAAGUCGAUGGCCAGCGAGGCGCGCAGAAGAGAAACCUUCUCGCAAUGGCCCCAUAUGGACUAUAAGUGGGCGUUACCGGACCAAAUGGCGCAGGCUGGUUUUUAUCACCAACCAAAUGACAGUGGCGACGAUCGUGCCAUGUGCUUCACGUGUACGGUGUGCCUGGUCUGCUGGGAACGUUCGGACGAACCAUGGAGUGAACAUGAACGACAUUCGCCGAACUGCCCGUUCGUUAUGGGCGAGUAUACACAAAACGUUCCCUUAAGUGUUACCUACGCCACCAACCCCGCUUUAGACGCCACAUACAGGGGUUCAAAAAUGAGUUUGAUAGGUGACAGCAGUGUACCAGAGCUACUGCCAGUUGCUUAUUCAGAUAGUUUGGUGUCUGUAUUUGAUGUUUCUGGUAAACUUACACGAACACAUUCAUUUUAUGUGACGCAGUAUGAUUCGCACAUAUUAGAUAAGGUCACAUUAGACUUUGGCACACCGGGAUUGUGGAGAAAGGAUAAAAAAUAUCAAUUAUCAAGGAGAAUUACAGCCCUUUCGAUAGUUGGUGAGUCUCAGAGACCUCAAAAAGCAGAAUGUUUUACUGUGGAAAAGCCUCAUUUGAACGUUAGACCUACCAUUAUAUGCGGCCUUUUCGUUAACUAUUCACCGGAACAGAAUUUAAGUUCGAUAGCACAAAAACCUUUUGAUGGAGAUGAUGAUUGGACGAUGACUAGCGAGACAAAAUCGAAUCUGUAUCUAGUGGUUUAUGAUUUUACAUAUAAGAAGGAACUGGAUAAUGUGGAAACAGAUAAACAGGUUGAUGAAUCAAAUUUAACCACCUGUCCUCAGUUGGAAACUGAUGUGGAAAUUAACAGUUUUCCCGUGCCCAAUAUUAUGAAUUUAGAUCAGGUUCUAGAUGGCAUAGAUCCAGAUUAUUUAAUGAAGCAUAUCUUUUCAUAUAAGACACUGAUACCUGGAGACAAUAACAAAAUUCACAUUCCACCUAAUGUACAUAAAGGUCAUUCGGGACCGAGGAUUUUGCCAGUACCUAUGUCGUUGUCUAUAUGCGAAACUGACUCUAUACAUGGCAAUAAUUCAUUUUCAGUUCCGAAUUUUAUUAGUGAUACUGAAGUCGUUGAAACGUCAGAUUUAAGCAUUUCUGACCACAUCAAAGACCUAAAAAGUAGUAAAUCACAGAACAAAUUGAACUAUUCACAUUCAGUACAGUGUAUAAGUCUGCCUGCAGUAUGUAAAGAGUGUUCCGACUUGGAAAUCACGCGCAUCAUACCUCUUAGUUCUAACAGACAUGUCUUAGUUGUUCUAAGUGGUCAAGCGAGUUGGAGUCGUUGCUACUUAAUAAUCUAUGGAUUGGACUUCAGCAAGAAAAUGGUGCGGAUAAUACAAGACCCAACGUUGGUCAGGGAGAUACCAGCCAGCGAAAAACCGAUAGAGAUUAAUAUGGUACCGGGCUCGUUAAGACUUGGAAAAUCCACUGUGGAAGAUCAUCGUACGGAUAGUUCAGUUGAAGGUCACGUUGUGACAGUGUGUUGUGACGGAGCUGUUAGAAUAAUUGAUCUAAAAACACUAAAGACUACAUGCUAUGCGAAACUUGAAAGCGAGAAAUUUGUAUCUGCAACAUAUUGCAAUAGUUUAGAAAGAUUGUGCGUGAGUACAGAAGGAGGUUCAAUGCAUUUUUACGCGCUUAAUGAGACGGAUAACGAGUCGCUGGAAGAUUUGGAAGAAGAGGAUUUGUUAUUAGGACUGGCAGACGGUGCUUCCGCAUCUGCGACGGCAACUACGUCGACUUCUUCCGCCAGCGCGACUCAGUCCACUACGGAGACACCGGACUCAAACGACACACGAUGUUUCAACGAACCAAUAUCCAUUGUGCCUUUGUCCGAGCUCAAGCGGCUUUAUUCGCUCUGCGAAUUUGAACAACUGAAGUCGCCGUAUUGUGCUGUAGUGCCCCCAUGCUGGACGGAGGUGCAACAGGCGCUCAGACAGAGGAAACAUCCCAUCAAGAUGAAAAGCGAAAAUGAUCAGUUGACGAAAACGUGGCGCUUGCAGACGGACGCGACCACUUGGGAUGAGCACAUUCUCGAAAUAACCCUGCCAGUGAGCAUGUGCCUGGGCCACGUGGAUGUGCACUGUACAAUUCAGAACUCCCCAAUGCCGCCGCAGGUCGAGAUCACGUUGCUUCGUCAAAACUCUAAAGUGUUUAUUCCAGGGAUUGGUCACAAACGGGAUGUUCGGUUCGGAGUGGACGAGUCCAUCACAAUCGACAUGUUACAGUGGGUGGACAAUCCAAUCAUAUCUCAGGAAUAUCUGCGUGCUCACAACGCCGAAAUAUUGGCUGGGCCGGUCAUCGUUAACGAUCACGUUGAUCUGCUCGAACAGACUGCAGUUGUAACCUUAACGAGCCCGAAAUUGUUUCGGUCGAAGUGUAGGACACUUUUGUUACACAUCAAAUCGGUUGCCCACAAGGACGAACCUAAACAGUCUAAACAAAAAGUGCCCGAAGGCCAAGAAGGCAAGAGCAGAAACGACAUCUUUCGUGGUUGCGAUUGGAUCCAUGAACUCAGUUUGGUUUUCUAUGUCUCCAAACCAACUGAACAAUGGAACGGCAGAGUGCAAAGGAAUUUGAUGUUGGAAUCGAAUGUUUUUGUACAAUCACUGUUUUUUACUGCGAACAAUCAGUGCACAACUGAAGAGCUUGGUUACGUUUUGGAUUUGCUUAAUUGGAUCGCCGCCAUCAGACUGCAGCGUAACAGAAGCAACAAUGGGGACGCGCCCAACCAUCAGAUGGACUUUAUUAGUGUGGUACAAAGUAAUCUCACUGGAUUAAUCCAUAAAUGCUUCUUGUUUGGUGGCAGAAGUAUCGCGCACAAGUGUAUGAAGUUACUAAUGAUUUGUUGCAGUGGUUCGUUGAACAUUCACGAAACUAUGGGUGACACAUUUAACAACUGCCUGUUAAGCACCAUACUCCAAGUGUUGGACUCCAUAGAGCAAGUUAAAUCGGCCGCCGGACUGCAGUGGAUCUUCGCUACUGUAUUGAAAGUGGUCACACGUGAAAGGGAACGCGCUCUAUCCAACAAACUGGUCGAAGUGCUGCUGAAGAUAACCGACGAAUUGCACAAACGCUCAAAUCCCUAUCAUCUCCUAUUACGCAGUCGAUACGGACUGUAUGGUACGCCCAUGGAGCCAGAACUGUUUGACGUCGAUCUACCGUCACAGAUUAAGGCCGGUUCGCCUCAGUCGUACAGUGUUUCGUCAAGUGUAGGCGAGUCCAAUGCUAACGGCACGUAUUUCUUUGAGAACUAUUCAUUUAACAAGGAAAGUAUUAGUGCAAAGGACGUACUGUUUAGUGCUGAAACGAAGCUCAAGUGCAAGAAUUUUGCGCCGCCGAAAAUCAUUAAAGGCCUGAUCGAGACAGUGCCGUUACAUUUUGUAUGCCUAUCGGCCAGUGAGGGAACGCGGUUGGAGAGGGCAGAAUCGAGUUCAGGCUCGGCUAUCAAUCCCAUUGUGCAUCUGUCAAGCAAUAGCAGCAAGGAAGAUAUCCAGAAUUAUUUGUCGCAUAACACCGCCAAGGAGUUUCAGGACUUUCAGAAUGCAAUUUCAUCAGGACAUUCGUCGUUCUUAUGGGACGGCAAUAAGAUCACUGUACCAGUGUUGGCCACAGACACUGACGAUGCCUCAUUCAUUGAAUCAACGACCGUCGCCGAGACCAUCCUUGAAAACAUGAAGACGACAAUAAAGAAUACAAUAACUUCGGCCGUCAUGAAAGAAGAUUUGCACUCAGUGAUGCCGCCCUCUCAUUCAACAUCACCCAGCUCCAUGCCGUGGCAACAGUUACUUGUUGCACCUCCUCAACAAGUUAUCGUCGUCGAUAGGAUGCACUCAGGAGCCAGGCGUCACGUUACCCUCGACUUUGGUCAACCGGUACUGCUGACUGAUAUUGUGAUUCCGGCCUGCGGCGAUCUAGUUUCGAUCUGCGUUGAAGGGUGGCUGCUGAGCGAGGAGAUCGACGAGGUUCUGCUUGUCACUGCUUCUGACAUCGGGACCAGACAUCUGUUGCUCAAUGAUCUACAGCCGCCGCCUCUAGUUCGAUAUAUAAGGAUCACAGGAAUUGGGCGCUAUGGUAUGUCGACAACAAGAUGUCGCAUCCCCGCUGGUUACUUUUACGGUCACUUUAUCGUACUUCCGGAGCAAGUACCACCCAAUCUAUCUCACGAAAUGAAGGACGUUACGACCAAAGAAUUAGAGAAACAGCUGGCGGUGCUUUCGAAUCUUUUGGAGGACAUUAAUUGUCGAUAUAGCCUAGCUUGUUCCAAAUUAAAGGACCUACUUCAACCGUACAUCGUCUCCGACUUGAAGAAUGCGGAAAACCUGUUCACUUAUAUCAACGUAAUGAAAGACGUGCACGUGAGCAUGAACACCACGGAACACGGGAAGAUCUUCAGUUCAUAUCAGGAUGCGAUUAACUUCCAAUUACAGUUGAACACUGUAAAGAACGUGAUGUUACGCAUAGAAGACAGCCUAAAUCGGGUACCGCACACGCAUCAGACUGUUACAGGUGUUGCUGGAUGUUCAACGGAUAAAUUGCGUUCAAUAGCCGAAGGAAUCGUGGAAGUGCUGUUGUCAGUAGAUGUGGUACCUUCAUUGUCGCAACAUCGAUGCCAGCAGUUAUUCAACGGUCUAUGCGUUAGUCAAACGUCAAGGCUUCAAUUGCUAACGGCGCUAUUCUUGGACAAAUCCUGCGGACGAAAUCCGUUCUGGGGCAAUUUCUUAGCAGAUACGAUUUACACAAUGUUCGCGACUAGUUACCCGGAAAAGUUUCCGCAGGAUCGCCUAUUUGUGUUGCUAAACUUCCUCAGUAGAAGAACACCAGAACGAAGUUCUGUUAUCGAUUCGGCUCUGCGCGUGGUUUCCCAAACGUUACAGCCAAUUUUAGAACCGGAAAAAACAUUACUAGCCAUUUCCAUCGAUCUACCGUUAUUAUCAUGGUUACUGAUGUACUUAGCACUGCAGUUGGAUUUGGCAGUACCUGCUCAUGUGACAAAUCGUUGGAGUUUUGUGUUCGGCGAAUUGGGGGAAAAAUCUGGCUCCGAUAACAGUAAAGGCAACAGUCGCAAAAUGGUCAAAUCACGCAGGACUAUACCAUCAAGUGGGGUAAUAGCUUAUUUUGUUCCGAAUUCUACAUCAGCACAUUGCCAAGCUGUUAAACAGUACAACACAAAAUUGGCUAGUCUAUCCAAAGCUAGUGAUUUAUUACUAAAAAAUGAAGAAUUGAAAAUGAUGAAAUUAAGACUGGCUAAGAAGAGUUACGAAUUAUUAAGACCAAAAGAAAAUGUUGAUAUUCAAACGGAGAAAAUCAGAAAAAUGCCGCAAAAUAUUGACAAAGUUCACUGCCAAAUUGUGGCUAAGUCGCUGUUGCAGUUCAUACUUUCCAUGGAUCAUUCCAGUAGCGCAGAUAUGAUGCUAUUAUCUUUUAAGGUUGUGGCAAGGCUAGUUGUGAUAGCCCAACUCCAAAUAGGGCAACUAAUUAAUGGAGACCAGUUACUUAAGCUCAUAAACUUAUGUAUAUCAUCAAAAAUGCCGUGGUCAACUAUAGCCUUGACUUGUUUCUUAGAAGAUGCAAUGGGAACGUCGCCCACACCUUUAGAAGACGCUGACAUGGAGACCUUUACCUCUAAAGAAUGGUUCCAGACCAAAAGUAAUGAAGAUGUGUUGUUAGAAGUGGAGACAUUCACGGAAAUGUUAGAGCUUUUCGAUUCACAAGCGAAAGGUGCCCAUGGCAGUGGAAGCAGCAAUAGUAACAACACCAGCAACAGCAACUAUCCACCGCUUCCUUCGGUGUUUGAGUCAGACGACUCCGAAUUCGAGGAACUCCUUGAGGAAUAUGACAAGCGAUUCGUUAAGAAACCAACAAAGGCAACAUACAGAACGAACCAAAACGUUUCGACUGCAAUCGACUAUCGAUUGGAAAUGGGAGUAUUGUCGCCUUGUGAGAUUGAUAUAAAAAAGAUGCUCAUUAAAAAUACCGAAGUAUUAUUUCAUAAUAUUUCCGCUACCAGCAUUCCAGUCGACGAUCGAGAGGUUACUUUGCAACCGUGGUCAACAACAUCCAUGCCACUUAUCGUCGAUUCGCCCGUCUCCAAUCGAAGAAUGCUAACUAAUUGCUUCGCAUCCCUUUUCGAGAAUCUACAGUUGCAGUCGCCCGGUCAUAUCGAAGAAGUGAUCAAUUUUUGGUUAACGUUGAACAAUGUCGAGGGAGCGGAUAAGUACGAACCGAACAUAACUCCCAAGAUUAUCUUAAAGUUGGAAUCAAUAAAGUCGUUGAUAUCGGCUAUGGCUUGGACGUCUGGUUUGUCUUUGACAACGUGGUGCAUGGCCUUGCAGACGCUCUGCCUCGUUUGUAACACAAAUUUCGAAAAUCCCAGCUCACACUGGCCUGAAGUACCUGGUAUGGCAGCCCAUAUCGUCGAUCAUCCAGACUUUUUGCAAUUUUUGCUCAGACUUUUAUCCGGCACUGGAUUGAUAUUCACUGGAAAAGUAUUGGCUGGACCAACCUUGUGUAAGGCACUAAACCACUUUUUAGUGCGUCUGGAAGUACGAUGUGACAUAGUAAUUCCCACAAGUACCUUGGGAAUUUCGAUUAAAAACUUGCUUCUGAAAGUUGUUUAUCAACUUAUUCAGCCUUCAGGUUCGAUACCCGCUAGACAAGGGCCUUUAGACGUGCAAUGCAAGUUAAUUAAUAAUAUGCUCCGUAUGAAUUUUGCUUAUACCGAUUUAAGCAUUGCUAUGAGUAUCUUUGAAAGCACAGGAGUCUUCGUACAAAACUACGUCGAAAACGUGGAAAAAAUAAAAUGCGUAAAUAUCGGCGAAAAGCAAAGCAGCACGACAAUCUACAACAAUUUCAGUGAAAUUUUCGCGAGUGUGUUAGGCAAUUGUGAAAAUUCUAAAAAUGAUAGAGCGGUUUCUUAUGAUACCUUAUUGAUUUCGCUGUUAAAAUUAUUAGGCAAACUGAUAGAAACACCACUGCUCAGUUCAAACAGUCAAACGGAAUUUAUGGAAAGUCCUUCCGCAACUACAUCACAAACAGACGAGAGCAAAGCGGAACAAAUCCAGCAAGAUGGUGGUCGCUCUAGUGAAACAGCUAACGUACCGUGUUUCGCAGAUGUAGUACUGCGUCAUCAUCCCUGUGUAAUUCGAUUAUGCCAUGCUUUAGCAGCGUGUAAGUCUUCAUCACUUUGUAUGCUAGUCAACGUGGCCAACAAGGUAACGUAUACAAAUUUGGGCGAACCGACGACAGUUGGGGAUGCUGUGUUUCAAGUUUUGGCUUCACUUGCAAAACUCGCUUCUAAUCGAGAGUUGCUGAUGGAACCAUUGCUAAUGUAUUUGUCACAAACACCUAAUUUAAGUGAACCACUUCUGUGGUUCAUUCUGCAAGUAUUAGAAAAUGAAGAAGCGGUAAAAUGUUUCUUCAAAUUAGGAGGGAUUACUGUAUUAGCUAAAAGUAUAGUUGAAAGUAGCCUAUCACCAAGUACUAUCGCGAAAAUGGGCAUGAUUUCGACGGUAAUGCAACAUUUCAGUGGUAACAGCAAUCCUAUAGAGGUUGGUGCAAUCUCUUCGUCUGCUUCGGCUUCGAAGAAAAUAAUUCAAGCAUCUUUGGAAAAUAAAUUGGCUCUCGUCAAUUUCGCACCGACGUGUACUAUUCGCAGCACAUCUAGCACGGCUCAGCCCGCGGACGUCCUCAUACAGGGUUUGGGUGGUGUAACCCACAGACGUGCAAGGACACCUUUGUGGUCAUAUCAUUUUUACCCCGAGGAGACGCAUACCGAGUUGAUAUUGCAGUUGCCUAGUGCUAUUUUGCUGCGGGAGGUACAACUCCAACCUCACACCAUAGGAUUGGCUACUUGCCCAUCAGGGGUAGCUCUAGAGAUUUCUUCCGUGGGACCAUCAAGGUUGGUGCCAGCAUGUGCUCCAAUACCCACCAGCGGAAUGACGUAUAUUAGGUUGCAUUUGCCUGCGCCGAAAGUCGUGAAUUGUGUACUCAUCAGGUUGUAUAAACCGCGUGAUGCAAACAGCAUUGGAUUAUUGCAAAUUAGACUUCUGGGCACGACUGCGUAUGGCCAAAGUUCCGUCGAUGUCACUGACGAUGAGUCUCAUUGUCGCCACAGUCUGGGAUGGCUUCGACUUUUGCAUCAUUGCUUUGCUAUGCCCACUGAUGGAGCUUUCCAAAAACAAAUGGUUGGAUGUGCUUCCAACGUACCACAUUUGCUGAGCACUUGUUGUGGAUUGUUACUAGUCCCAUCACAUAUAUUACCCGUUUACAUGCAAUGCCUUGAGAAAAUUUUACGGGAAUUGGCUCUGUACAGUCCUGAAAACGGUACUAUUGCCAUCCGAAUGCUACUGAACAAUAAACCCGGCAUCAUUGAGCCACUUCAAAUGCAGACAGCUCAAGAUAGACACCUGGUUAAUUCUAGCAGCGAUUUUUCCACAUGCGAACUCCUCUAUCAAAUUUGUGAACAUCAGGACGCCAACACGUACUAUCGCAUAUGUGUUGUACUGGAAUGGCUUCAGUUAAAAGCCUGUGAAGCUAUUGCAUCAGAAAACGUAGAAAACUUAAAUGCGAUUUAUCUGUUUUGCAUAGCGUCGAUAUUUUGGUCUGCCAACCACUGUGCGAACUACGACAUAAAAGAAAUAAUCACACCUGAACUAUUUAACUCAAUUUGCAGUCUUAAAGUUAUAACUAGGAAUAACAACAAUUUGAAAUACGCCCUGGAUUCUCUGCUGUGUUCCAUGUGCUACAUAAGUCCGGAGUUUUAUCCAUUGUUGCUAUAUAGGAUGGGUAUUUUGAUACCAAAAUUAUCUACAGAUCAUGCAGCGUCAAUUUCAGAUGACUGCAAAGAGCCCGAGAGCAUGACCGACGACUAUAAAUGUGACUAUCAGGGGAGCUCCGAGUGGUACAAUCACUUGCACUUAGGACAGUUGUCAAAGUUUGUGUAUGAUGAAUUGGAAACAAUUGCUUUAGUCAGUAGGUCGUCGACAGCUAUACGCCAACUUCUAGACUCCGGUUUUCCGAAAUUAUUAAAUCAAGUCAUUAUGGAAUUUUGUUUAAGACAAACAGAUGAUACUAAAGGCUUAGAAAAAGUUAUCGGAGUUCUGAAGUUCUUUACGGAAGUGUGCGACGAGAAAGUUAUGCGUGAUUGGUUGGGUUCCGAGGAAGGAUCUUCAUUUUGGUUGCCUUUAUUAAUGAAACUGUGUAAGAAAUCAUCUACCAACACGUCUUCCCUACCGUCCGAGUCGUUGGUACAAUUGGAAGAAAUUUGUGUCAAAUUUUUAUCAAAGUGUUGUCUCUGCCAUCAAUUGAACCAAACUAGACUCGCACAGGUUCUUUGCCAGGUUAUAUCGCUACAGAAAAAUGGAAUGUCGGGAUUUUUACGAAGAAUUAUUUUACAAUUAUUAUUGGAGUACGAAAAGAUCCCGGUUUGUGUAACAGCAGAUGAAAAUCUGUAUAAGACAAUUAAGGUAAACCAAAUAUGGUUGCCAUCACAUCCUGGCAUCAAACAAUCUCACAAUAAAGUUAUGUUAUAUCUAAGCACUAAUACCACAGUUUUUGACAUUUUGGAACAGCAUGUUUAUUUCAAUAGAACCCUCAAAGCAGAUUCGUUAAGUAAGAAAUUCAGUCGUACAAGUAACGGUAAAAGAGAACCUAUGUCCACUUGGUUUACUGAUGAAUCGGAUCUCAGCAUGGCCGCAGGUGUUACAGCCAAAGAUAAACGUGCCAAAGAUGUGAAAAAUUUCAUGACGGCUACACCAUUGUCCAAAAAGAAGCGUUAUGCGAGUGCUGAAACAUCCACUUCGGAAGAAACCGAAAGUGUCGGUGGACGACUUAUUAAAUGCGAGGCUCUAUCUGAUCAGCCUCUCGCAUUAACUCUUAAUCUCAGCCAGAUUUUAAAAAUGAUUGAAUCUCAAGGAACCAUGACAGAAUGGCCUUGCAUAUAUUUGAGUGUGUGUCAGAGUAAAAAUGUAGAUGAGUUCGUCUCCUGUUCGGAGACCAGUGACGGAUCUUCCGGAAGCGGAGUCACGUCGUCCGGUAUCUCGCCGAAAACUCAACAACCCUUUGGUAACGCUUUACAGGUAUUCAGUGCAAUGGGAGGAUUAGCUCUCCUUGCACAACACUUGCCAGCUGUUUAUCCAGAAGCGGUGAGAUUCCCGACAGAAAAAACGGCGGCGGAACAAUCCGAGUCUGAUUGGAUUAAAGUAGAAGAUUGUGACGACAUUUAUGAAGAUAUAGAAGAAACUGUGGGAAACAAUUCCCCCUCCAAAGGUACAAGUAUCGUGUCUCACAUACCAUCACAUUCUCUUACAGCCUUUGGGCUAUUCCUGAGAUUACCAGGAUACUCAGAGUUAUUGCUCAAAGAUAUGAAGAGAGCACUUUGUUUGUUAAGGCUUGUACUAGGUGUAACUGAUGAUGGUGAAGGGGGUGAUAUAUUCCAAUCUUCUGUAGCUGACUCCCUACCAACAUUACCCUUUGAAAUUUUGAAAAGGCUUUACAAUGCCACACCUUUAACUACCGACGAUGGCCUUUUACUUAGACGGAUCAGCAUUCAGUCAGGGGUUGUGCAUCUACUAUUAGCUUGUAUAAGUAUCUUUACACAUCACUCACAAGAAACUACAGAUAAAGACGGCCACAAAACAACCAAAGAAGAAAGAACUCAAUUGUACUGGGCCAAAGGUACUGGAUUUGGCACAGGAUCUACUCAACAAAGUUGGAAUGUAGAGCAGGCACUCUUAAAACAGCGCAGUGAAGAAGAACAUGUGACAGUGCUUCUUCAAGUGCUAGCUAGCUACAUAAAUCCUAGUGACAAAGCAAAUGACAUAACCAAAGAGUUACUACCGCCACCAUUCACUGAGCUCUUGGCCAACAGCAAGCUCAUACCGGUGUUGAGUUCCUACCUUAAAAACGAUUCAGUUUUCGACAUUGCAAGACACAUUCCUUUGUAUAAAGCUGUUUUGCAAUUGCUGAGAGCAAUCGCCUCCAGUUCACAAUUGGUAAAUCUGAUACUUGUUAGAAAAGCCGAAGAACCUUCUUUAAGCGUGUUGUUAAAGAACAUGAAAACUUGUGUAGAUACUUAUACAUCUAAAUUAGGAUUAAAUGUGAGCUCAAACACCAAAUUAAAAAAUAAAAGUAGCGAUACAUUGGAAGACUUAGAACAAGGAGAAGGAUUAGCCACCUUGAUGCCUGACAUUCAGGAGACAUCCAUUUUGGUAGCGAAAUUCACAAAUUCCAGUUCAGAUAACGAGAGUGAUAGAGAGGACUCAGUUGAACGGAAAAUCAUAGUGUCACAAGAGGAGCGCUACAUUAAAGUCAUGAAAAAUCUGCAAUUCGGUUCAUACGAAAUGAUUCGUGAACUCCCGGACGGUGGUUCAAAAUUCGUCGUAUCUCACCACUUCGAAAGUAACGCACGUGGCACCAGCGAGCAAUCACAUCCGACCAGAGUGAAGCGCAUUGCUCAAGAAGCUGUCACUCUGUCAACUAGUCUGCCUCUAAGUUACAGUAGUUCGGUGUUCGUACGAUACGACACAUCACGGCUCGACGUGAUGAAGGUACUAAUUAUUGGCCCGUCAGACACUCCAUACGCUAAUGGAUGUUUCGAGUUGGACGUCUUUUUCCCACCAGAAUAUCCCACAUCACCAAUGAUGAUCAAUUUGGAGACAACAGGUUAUCAUACCGUGAGGUUUAAUCCGAAUUUGUAUAAUGACGGGAAAGUGUGUUUGUCGGUUUUGAACACGUGGCACGGUCGCCCCGAAGAAAAGUGGAAUCCACAAACUUCUAGUUUCUUACAAGUAUUAGUUUCAAUUCAAAGUUUGAUCUUGGUACCCGAACCUUAUUUUAACGAACCUGGAUACGAGAGGGCACGAGGAACGCCGGCUGGCACAAUGAGCUCUAAAGACUAUAACUUAAAUAUUUGUCAGGCUACUGUGAGGUGGGCUAUGCUAGAACAAAUUGUAAAUCCAUGUCCGUGCUUCAAGGAGAUUAUACACACACAUUUCUACCUCAAGAAGGACGAAAUAAUCAAACAGGUGGAACAGUGGGUUAAAGAAUUAGAGGAAGAAGACUUCAACAAAGACAAGAAAAACACAUCCAGAGCCACAAAGAAAACGCCUACAGCCACAUUAGAGAACUUUAAGUCAAACUUCAAUCAGCUCAAGGAAGAGUUGAACAAAUUACGACUUCCCACCGAAGUAGAUAGUGAUAUAAGCGAGAAAUCCAACGAUCCAGAUGAAGAUAUGGAGAAAAUUGUGAACGAUAUGAUUGGUUAGUUGUGUCAAACGCUAACCACUUUGCAUUUAUAUUCCGAUUAAGUUUGUUUUUAUUGUUUUGUUAUUUAUAUUCGGUUUCACUUUUAACGAGUAACUUUUAAAUAAUCCAUCUUCUCUGUUAUUUGAUAUAUUCAUAUUUUAUGAGAAAAUUUUAAAUUACGACUGUAAAAUAAUUGUUACCAGAUAUUUGUGUCAUACCACGGUGAUUUAGAUAAGUGAUUGAUUGUAAAAUAAAAACUUGUUUUUAAUUUAUUUUUUCUGUACCAAUAAAAUGUAAUUUUUACA